AUGGUCUCAUUCUUUCCACCCGUCCCCUUCACCCCCGCCUCCUCCGAACCAGCAUCCUCUGUGCUCCCUGCUGCAUCCCAAGAACCACCCUGCCAAGAAGCAUCGUUAUCUGACGAAUCCGCAUUGGCUGAAUCCGAGGAGGAACUUGAAGAGGAAUCGGAUGAGGAAUCAGAAGAGGAAUCAGAAGAGGAAUCAGAAGAGGAAUCAGAAGAGGAAUCAGAAGAGGAAUCAGAAGAGGAAUCAGAAGAGGAGUCAGAAGAGGAAUCAGAAGAGGAAUCAGACGAGGAAUCAGAAGAGGAAUCAGAGGAGGAGAUUGAAGAGGAAUUCAGAGAGGAGCUGGUCCCGUUAGACAAGUCUCCCACCCCUCCUAUCACUGGCACGUUCCCUCCCCCACCUUUCGCCAUCUUUCCUUCCCUCCCUUCUUCUUCCCCUUCUUUGGCAUCCCCACCUUGCUGA